AUGUUCAAUAAUCCAACAUCCUAUUUUGCUAACUCAAAUGAAAAAAACAACUAAUUGAAAGAGAAGAUCUACAGUGCUCUAUAUUCAUCUCCUAAUACCUCCUAGUAAAAUUUAAGUUUAAGCAAUUAGUGAUAUUAUGAAGUGGAUUCCUAGCAAUGAUAUUUCAAAUCUCUCUGUGUCUAUUGAAUAAGAUAUUGAUAAAAUUCUAUAGGUAGUUCCUCCGUUUCAAUUUUAACCAAAUAAACAAAUUUCCUUCUAACAUUUUUAGACAUAGUAAUAUACGAACAGCCAACCUAAUACAUAUUUAAGUUCAUCUUAAAAAAACUAUUCUUAAAAUCGUUGUGAACCUGAAAUAAAGUAAUCUCAACUUCAUUAAAGUGAAAGCAAUUCAAAAGUAAUUAGAAGAGAACAAUAAAAUAUUCCAAAGUAGAAUUAAUACAUUUAAGACUUAAUUAGUCGAUAUUAAGAACCUCCCAAAAAUACUUUCUAAGAAGAUUAAAAUAUUCCAUCUAAUAAUAUUGAAGAAGAAUAUGAUGUUAAUACUAAAUAAUCAGUUACUAAUAGAGAUUCUCAAUAAAAAGGUUGUUUAAUUCAUUAAGAAAAAUGUAAAAAUAAUGAACUAUCUAAAUUAACUGAACAAUAAACAUGUUUAAAUUAAAGUGUUGGUAAUUCUGCUGUAUUAGAACCUUUAAUUAAUGAAGAAAAUAUCAAUUAAAUUAAUUAAAUUAAUUAAAUUGCUCCACUUGUAGAAAUUGAAACACCAAUCUUUAAUACAAGUUAAAAUUGGGCAAAAAUGAAAAUUAGAAAAGAAGCUAAAUUAAAUGAAAACUACAAAACUCAAAAUUUUUAAGAUCUCUUGUAUUCUUUACCUUCAUUUUUUAUUCAUUAGACUGAAGGUGAAUUAAAAGUAGACAAAUUAAGAGCUUAAGAAAAUUAAGAAGGUUAUUAUUAUUAAUCUUUUGAACUUACUGUAAAUCCAUUAAAAAUGAUUGGACCAAUUAAUUUUAAAAAACAUCUUAAAAUUGUAUUUAUUUAUAUGAUAAUAGCACAUAAGAUUCAAGAAGGGUUACUAUGGAGUUGUAUUUUAUGAUAAGCUUUUGCAAAAUGUUAUUCCAUAAAAUUAAGUUGAUGGUAUAACAUUGAAGAAUGAACCAUUUUUACUAGCAAAUAAUUCUGAUAAACCCAUAAAAGUAAUUUGCUGUAUAGUUGGCAUUAAAAAAUGA